CCUAACGAUAUUAUUUUGAAGAAACAUUAAGUUAUAAAUUAGGCAUAUUAAUUCCUAUGUAUAUGUUCUUAAAAAUUUUGUAGACACCAUUUAUAAAUGAAAAGCUAUGGAAAAUUGUGUUCUUAAACAAAUUUACGUUGAAGAAAAUACACCACUUCGAGUGUGUAUUACUGUUGAAGAUAAUUCGGUGGAAAUACUGCUAUUUCAAGAAGAAAAAUGUUGGAAUUCUAGUGUUGCUAAAGAAAACCUGCAACAUUUUGCCAACGAACACAAACUUACAAUUGAAAAUUAUUGUCAAAAUCUACUGGAGUAUAUAAAAACUUCUAGUCCUGAUAUAAAAUAUGUUUUCAAUUCAGAAGAAUUUAUUAUAAAUCGAUUACUGAAAGGGUCGUUGACAGUCAAAUACUUUAUUUGCAAAGUACAGAAGACUCGAUAUGUAGAGCAUGUCGAACAAAUAAUGGACAAAUUUUAUUUUGAGAAUUUAAAACUCCUAGAAAAUGUCAAUAUUUUUAAGAAGGCAAAUGAAGAAUUAACUGACUGUAAGAACCAAUGUGAACUGAAAUUAAAGCAACUAGUUGCACAAAAAAAGUCUGAUGAAAGUGAACAAUUUGGUCAGUUUUUGCUAAUCUUGAACGAGAAAAAACGACGCAUUCAACAUUUGACUGAACUUUUGGAAGUUUUUAAAAAAGGUAGACCGAUCAGUAAUCCUGAGGUGAAAGUUGGAAAACAGAAAAGUAAAAAAGGCGCCAAGAAUUCUGCAACUGUGCAGAAAAAGGAAACAAUAUCAGAGUCUGAAAGUGAUGACGACGACGAUGAGUCAUCACUGGGGCACAAUACCACCGAUGAUGAGUCUAUUGAAAAAAGUAAAAGUGCAUCACCAAUUGAAAAUAAACCGUCGACUUCCACAGAAACUUUUGAUUUCUUAGAAGAUGAUAUUGCUCAAAGUCAUAUGUUGCCUAAAAGAGCUAAGCAUUCAAAGCCUGAAGAAAAUAUCGUUGUUGUGCCUAAAUCACCACCAAAGACUGAAGAGGUGGAAACUCAACAGCAAGCUAGAUCUCCUGGAAUUGACUUAAGUACACAACAACUUCUAGAUAUGCUUUAAAAACUUUUGGAAUAACCUUUUUCUAAACACUUUUCUUAUGUAGGUGUAUACAUUCUUUGUCAUUUUCAUAAAAUAAGACCAAAGUGUAAUAAUUAAAAUAAAAUAAUUAUUCGAUUUGAA